GGUAAAGCCGGGAGCGGGAACGGGAACCGGAACCGGAAACCGGGGAUGCCCCGGGAGCCCCGGGAUGAGGCGGCGGCGCGGCGGCAGCGCGGCCCCGGCUGAGGCCUGCGGGGUGUGGCUGGACACGGCCGAGCUGAAGCGGGGCCCGGCGCGGCCCCUCAGCACCAAGCUCAAAGCACCCACCCGAAUUCCUGAGAGGAAGCACAGCCCGGGGCUGCUCCCACAGCCUGGCACCAGGCAAACCACCAUCCCCACCUUCUUCAGCCCCCACACAGAUGAAGGAGACAAAGAAAACUCCAGGCCAACUCCCUGCACCCCAAAUAAAGACUGGGAGGACUCUGGGGUUCCUCUGGCUGCCUGUCCUGUGAAGAUCCUGGCAUUGCCACGGCUGGAGGGAGCCCAGGAAGAGCCCCCUGGAGCUGAGCAGGGCAUGCAGGGCACAUGGAAAAGACCUGUGGAUACCCUGGAGCUCCAAGAGGAGCCUCAGAGCCAGAGCAAAGCCUCCUGUGGGGCUGGGGGGGAUUCCUGGUGCUGCAGCUUCUGCCAGGGCUCGGAGCACAGCGGGAUCAUCACUCCCAGGAGCAAAUCCCUGUUAUUUCCUGGAGAAACAGCCUCAGGGAGCAGGAAACCACAGCCCUGGAGCAGAGUGAACUCUGGGCUGGGUUUUGUUGGGACUGAGAACACGAAUCCUGCACCAGGGGCUGCUCCCAGAGGGGUUUGUUCCUCUCCCCAGAGCCCAGUGAGAGCUCAGCCCCUCAGGGAGCGGGGCCAGGUCCCGGGGGGAUCCUGCAGGGAGCUUUUCUGCCAGGACUCCCAGGGGAACAAGGUCAUUGCUCACAGGGACAGCCUGCAGCUGGAGCUGGGCUCUGAGCCCCUGUUCACACAGGACUCGGAAGGGAACAGGGUCAUCAAACACUGGUGAGUGAGCCCAGCCUGGCUGGGUGGGGGUGCUGUUUAGGAAGGGAACCCACUGGUGCAGCCCCCAGCCCCUCUUUGUUCUCUGACACGUUGCUUUAAUCCAAAUAAAACGCUGGAGUUUUGUUUCGAAGGCUUUGGCUGUUUCAGUCAGGCUCACAGCUGUGUCCCUGUUCUGCACAGGGAGCACGUUCCCAGAGCAGGGACUCUGCUGGCAGCUCCAUCUCCACAGGCAGGCCCCAAAAUCCACCCAAAUCCUCCUGCAGAGGAGCCUUGUUGGGACAGGGACAAUGAUCACAUCAUCCAGAAGGGGAGGACCUCUCUCUAAAACUGGUAAUUCUUCCAUCUCCCUUCUCUCUGCCACAA